AUGAAAGUUAACAAUGACAGAAUCCCAAUCUCAAGGAGCCCCUACGUUGUUCUCUCCUUACAAGAUGGAAAAGUUGAACCUUUCUCUCAGGGUGGUUCUGGCGCCUAUGACGAGAUUCAGGGUGUUGAAUGGAAUACCAGGGCCGUGUUUGCUGAAUAUUACACCCAGAUGACGACUCCCGACAUCUUUCUCAUCACCGAAGGGACACUGAUCUUCGGCACCGGCGUGGAGGCAUGGAAGCCGAUUGUGGAUGCUGUUCAUGCCAAGGGAGGCAUCAUUUUCCGUCAACUGUGGCAUGUAGGCCGAGCAUCACAUUCAGUGUAUCAACCUGGUGGAGUGGCGUCGAUAUCAUCAACAUAUAAACUCAUCUCAGACCGGUGGGGAAUUCUUAUGCGUGAUGGGAGCUAUGGCAUAUAUCCAAAACCUCGACCACUUGAAACCUUAGAAAUACCAGAGGUUGUGGAGCAUUACUGUAAGGCAGCCUUGAAUUCCAUUCGAGCAUAUGCACAGAAUGUGAUGGAAAAGGGAAGCUACCUUGUGCAACUUGUGGAUCCUGUGGAUUGCUUAAAGCGAGACAUGUCAUGGAAACGGUUCGCUGUUGUCACGCAAGAUUGUUGUUGUUAA